AAAAAUUAAAAGGAACAGAGGGAGUAUGCAAUUUGAAAGGUGCCCAUAAAUUGGGAUGGGGUGGGCAUAAAAUUAAUGAAAAAGCGCGGGAAAAUAGAAGAUUAUCUAAAAUUAGGGCUUGUUUUGAUAGUCGUUACCAAAUUAAGUGAGCAAUGGAGAGAAGCAACAAUGGAAUUUCAGGCACAAUUGAUCUGAACGGCAGUAUUCCGCCGUCGAUGGCGGUGGAUCUCACCGGAAAAGUGCACCAGCUGCCGUGCUGUAUAAAGUUCAAUGGUCCAUCUGAUGUUUCCCACUACUUCAAACCCAAAUCCACUGGUGUAAUUGUUGAUGGGUUAAGUGUGGAGGAAGCUUAUUUUAGAGGAAGGAAGCUUCAGGGUACUACUGUUGCAAUUCCUCACGGCUAUUCUGGGUUUGUCUUGGGAAAGAAAAUGUCUGAUGCGAAAAGUAAAAGGUCCAAAGAAGAUUUAAGUUGCUGGGAGACGAAGGCAAAGUUCCAAAACAUAACAUUGUGGAACCAUGAUUCUCUUCCCUCAGAAAAUGAUGCUUCCUUGCGUGCCUUCCACCUAUUUUCUGUUGCAACAGCACUGCACCAACCAGUCAGUGUUGAAGACCUGGAAGCUGCAUCAAUCGAUCAAGAAUUAGAGCUAUAAAUUGACAAUCUGAUGAGAUAACCUUCACACGGAGUACAUUUUCAGCUUUUGCGAGUUUAUGGAAAGCAUUCUUCAUUAUAUAUCAAUACAAUCUGGACACAAUUUAUGAUGCGUCUAAUAUGUACACGCGAGAACAUAUUAACAGAGACAUUUCUUAUAUCUCGAAAAGUUCCCUUCGUUUCUGUAAGAUUGUACAUUCUCUGAUGUAUAGUCGUAGAUUUAUACCCAUUUAUGUGGACUGAUUGAUGACUGUUUUAACUAGUAUGAGCUUUAUCACAUGUUGAAACUUGAAAUAAGGUUAUCUCUACC